AUGACGGCCCAUCCAGACACCAUAGUGAUUCCUUCGUCGUCGCCAGAACAGAAUUGGGCUCGCUCAGUAUCGCCAUGCACUCCAGAGCGAUUGUUCGGUCUUUCACCGCGCAGUUCUCCUCCGAUGUCGUUGCCGUCGCCCUCCGAACUGCUUAAAACCCUGUCAACCAAGCCACGAGCGAAUUCCCCGAAAUCACAAUCCCCUCUCAGAGAAGCUGUUGGGAAAGCGAACCUUCCUAUUACGAAACCUAAAAUCCGUGCCACCAUAGCGAGGGAGAAAAAUACCAAAAACUGUCAGGAAAAUUCGAAGUCGUCUGUCUCCAAGCCGAAAACGACACGCAGUCGGAAAAGUGCGAAACCGGAGGCGGCAAAGAAUAAAACUAUCACAGGACGAGUCACAAAAAGUGCUGUCUCCAAGACGAAAAUCAUUGAUACGAAUGAAGACGCGCCAAUGGAUGGCAGGGCGAAAACACCUCCAGCAGAAGCGCAAACUAGGAAGAAUGCGAAGCUGGAUGACCUGAACCUGGAAGAAGCUAUCAAACGGAGGCUGGACUGGACGCCGCCAAAAUCGUCGCCCUUCUUUCCACCUAAUAAUAACGAUGACCUCCCCCAGACGAAUUCUGGGUUUGGCGGUCUCCUCCACGAUUAUCGCUAUAGCAGGGAGAUAGACGGGACAGAUAACGCCGUCAGUGUUGGAGCAAACACUAACCCUACAAAACGACGACGAAUAGAACUCGUUGAGCGAGUGCUACAGGAACAAAACCCCCCCAAGAAGCAAGAGCGAGACCCAUUGACGGCAGCCGGUGUAGCCAAGGAGUCUGAAAACCGUAAAGCCAAACCCGCGGCCAAACAGAAGAAAGCAAGGACGAUCACGGCAUUGGUGACCUCGCGUUACGAAAUAGUGGAAGACGAUGCUACUCGUGCCGCAAGGCAACAUGACGAACAAUUGAAAAUAGAAUCUGCCGAUGAUGGCACCAAGAAGAAGAAGAAAACCAAAAAGGCCACAGCAAAGUCUAAAGGGCCUGAAUACAUUAUACUGUCGCCAGAUGCGGUGACUAAAUCUCUCAACAACCAGGAUCUAUUAUUUGGGACCUGCAGUCAGUUGGAAGCAGACGAUCAUCCAACCUUUCUCCGGGAGACACAGAGAGCUCUGGCAGCCUCUGAAAACUACCCGGAGUCUAAUAGCUCGUUGGGCCAAGUGUCUACAUCGGAAUCAUCAAAAGGCAUUGCAUCACGAUUCACAGGCUCUAAAUCUCUCUGGUCUGCGGCGACGAGGAACUCGGAAGGCUUUGUUGUACAGCCAGAAAUUCUAGACAUGACAAACUCGCCUGAAACGCGCUCUUUAAAUCGCCGAGUUGCAAUUGAAGAUGUGGGUAACUCGCAGAAAGUAUCGCCGGACUCGAUUCAAACCUCUUCAGAGCGUAUCAUUCCUCGGGAGUCGAGCUCUCAAAAGAAGGCAAAUGACAAUAUCUCGGAAACCAGACCAGGAAGACCCUCUAGCAGAGGACAUGCUGCGAAUUCUACAAAAAAGGCUUCGACACCAGCACCGGAAAUGCCUAGAUACAGUGGCUUCACCGACGAUGAGCUUCGUAAGCAGAUUACUUCAUAUGGCUUCAAAUCAGUAAGAGGUCGAAACAAGAUGAUUUCUUUGCUUGAGAAGUGUUGGCAGAGUAAACAGACUGCUCCCACGUCGACAGCCGAAGAAGAAAGCACAAAGACUCUGAGUACAGUCACCGAGGAAACAAGGGGAAAAACUACAAAGAAACAACCUGCAACAAAACAAUCGGGGCGAAUUAGCAAACCCAAAACGUCAACCGCAAAAAGUUCUCAAAAAGCACAGAAGCAGAAAUCUGUACCGGAGCGAUCGGAAACUCCUAUAGAAACAACAGCCCAACUUCCUCCGUCGACCAUCUCGGUAGAAGAGAUAGCUGACUCUGAAGAAGAGCCAGAGCCGAUUUCUACCCAGAUACAGACGAAAUCAAAGAUAAACACUACAGGUAUAACAGGUAUUACCCGUGGGACUCGUCCAAGUUCGAGCUCCAAAGCAAGCUCUCUUUACCCACCACCAACCAACAACGCGAGCAGUGAAAGUAUAGAUUUAUCUGAUCAGAUAACCAAGGCUAUUCGACUGCAGCCACGACGGAAGCAGCCUGGGUCAAUGCAAGGACCAAGCCUUACCUGGCACGAGAAGAUAUUGCUUUAUGAUCCUGUGUUCCUAGAGGAUCUUGCAACAUGGCUCAAUACAGAAGGCUUGGGUUUAAUCGGCGAGGACCGUGAGGUUGGUGCAGGGUUUCUGCGAAAGUGGUGUGAGAGUAAAGGGGUGUGUUGCACAUACCGAGCAAAGUGA